AUGAAGAAGAGGAUGACAAGGAAGAAGGCGAAUCCAGUGAGUAGGAAAGCCAAAAUCGGAGGAACCAUAGCAAAGCACCUCCAGAGAGGCCGCCCCACGAACAAGAGGAAAUUUAAGAUGCCACAAUUAGAGACGUUCAAUGGCUCCACGGAUCCAUUAGAUCACUUGGAAACGUACAAGUCUUUGAUGCAUCUACAAGCAUUACUAGAUGAAGUAAUGUGCCGGGCAUUCCCAGUUACCCUCAAAGGAAGUGCCCGAGCAUGGUUCAAUAAACUCCCGCCAAGAAGCAUACAUAGCUUUAAAGAGCUUAGCACAAGCUUUAUAAGCUACUUUAUUACUGGGCAACGCUAUGGCAAACCAGCAACACAUUUCCUAACGGUGAAGGAAGGAAGAUGGGAGUCAUUAAGGGAUUACAACACAAGGUUCAAUAAGGAGGUGGUCCAGAUAGAUGCAGUCGAUGAUAAUGUAAGCAUAACUGCAUACAUAGCUGGACUAUAUUUAGGACAGUUCCUCUACCUCUUGUCUCAAGAACCACCCAAAACUCUGGCAGAGCUUAUGCUUAGAGCUCAGAAACACAUGAAUGUAGAGGAAGCUAUCUACGCAAGGCGCUUACAUGAUAGUUUUGAUCCCCGAGCAGGACCAUCACAGGUUGGCAAAUUUCCUCCACUAGAUAAAAGAAGAAGAGAAGCCACCAGCAAAACGGGAGGCAAACCAAAGAACAAAAAGGUGGACUCAAGAUCUUCCCCAAAACGGGGAGGGGCUGGAGGCCCGCCCCAAGGCAGAGUGGAAGAUAAAAGCAAAGAGGGUAGAGACGGCACGACACCCUGCUCAGGUCCCAUUGGAGAGAUCAAGGUAAUCCAUGGAGGAUUUGCUGGAGGUGGAGAAUCUAGCAACGCUAGGAAAGCUCAUCUAAGGAAGUUGAGAACGGAAGAACAUUUGGAAGUCAACACAGUUGGCUGUCCAAGCAAGCUUCAGAAAAAAGAAGAAAUACCCAUUAUUUUCUCAGAAGAAGACAUCAAGGGAGUCCAGAUCUCUCAUGAUGACCCCUUGAUUAUAACCAUUGUUGUGGCAAACUACCUCACAAGAAGGGUAUUGAUUGACAACAGGAGCUCGGUCGACAUCCUCUACCUCCACGCUUAUGACCAAUUAAAGAUUGGACGAGGAAGGCUAAAGCCAAUGACGUCACCACCAGUUGGAUUUGUAAGUACCCCUACUUACCCAAUAGGGCAAAUAGCCCUUCCAGUCACCAUGGGGGAAGAAGGAAGGCAAAUUACAUGUAUGAUAGACUUCAUAGUAGUCGACUGUCCUUCAGCAUACAAUGCAAUACUGGGGAGAAUAACCCUAAAUAAAAUUGGGGCAAUAAUCUCCACGUAUCAUUUGAUGAUAAAGUUCCCAACACCAGAAGGGAUUGGUUGCAUAAGAGGAGAUCAAAAAGCAGCACGAGAAUGUUACAUCACCUCGCUUAGAGGAGCCAACAUCACGAUGAAUAUUGAAAGUCUCGACACACGUGAUGAAGAGAAGCUCCAACAUGGAGAACCAGUGGAAGAGCUCAUAAAAGAGCCCCUGGAACCAGGGCAACAGGAAAGAAAUUGGAAUGGGAUUGAGCACAUCGACACGAGCGGAGCUACUACAAUUCCUAAGAAAGAAUAA